AUGGACCAGGCGUCGAGGAAGAGCUGCCCGGGGACAGGCAUGAUGCGGACCUGGAUCGAGCCGGUGGUCGCCUCGGCGCAGGUGGCAGCUUCUUUCUAUGAUGCAGGGCUGCUGCUGGUGGUCAAGAAUUACUACAACCUUUCCAGUUUCUCUAACCACACCAACACCUCCACGCCCAGAGGGGCCAACGAGGAUGCCCAACAGAAAGCCAUCUCCAACUUCUACAUCAUCUACAACCUCGUGGUGGGUCUCACCCCGCUGCUCUCAGCUUACGGGCUGGGGUGGCUCAGCGACCGCUACAACCGGAAAAUUUCCAUCUGCGUCCCCCUCUUGGGCUACCUCCUCUCCCGCCUCCUCCUCUUGCUGAAGAUCUUAUUGGACUGGCCGGUAGAAGUGAUGUAUGGGGCGGCAGCCCUGGCAGGACUCUCAGGGGGCUUCACGGCUUUCUGGUCUGGUGUCAUGGCGCUGGGCUCGCUGAGCUCCUCCAAGGGCCGCCGCUCGGUGAGGCUUAUCAUCAUUGACUUGAUCUUGGGUCUGGCAGGCUUCUGUGGGAGCAUCGCUUCCGGGCACCUUUUCAACUUGCUUCGAGUGGGCAACCGGCAAGGUGUCGUCCUUGCUGUCUCCAGCGUGGGCUGUGCCACGUUCGCUUUCCUCUAUAGUCUCUUUGUCCUCAAAGUCCCAGAGCCCGAGGUCAAGCCCAGUAAAGCCUUUGGCGUGGUGGACACCGUCUCUGGGACCAUAGGCACCUAUCGCACCUUGGACCCCGACCAUCCAGAGAAGAGGGGAGGGGUGGUGGAGCUUCCUUCCUUGGGGAAAGGAGAGCCUCGAAAAGCUAUCAUUGCUCUGCUCUUUGCAGGGGCCAUCAUUUAUGAUUUGGCCGUGGUGGGCACAGUGGAUGUCAUGCCCCUUUUUGUGUUAAGGGAGCCACUGAGCUGGAACCACGUCCAAGUGGGCUACGGGAUGGCAGCUGGCUACACCAUCUUCAUCACCAGCUUCCUGGGAGUCCUGGUCUUUUCUAGGUGCUGUCGGGACACUACCAUGAUCAUGAUAGGGAUGGUCUCCUUCGGAGCCGGCUCACUCCUCCUGACCUUUGUGAAGGAAACCUACAUGUUCUAUAUUGCCCGGGCUGUCAUGCUGUUUGCUCUCAUCCCCAUAACCACCAUCCGAUCGGCACUGUCCAAGCUCAUAAAGGGAUCUUCAUACGGAAAGGUGUUUGUGAUACUGCAGCUGGCACUGGCCCUCACUGGGGUGGUGACAUCCACGGCAUUCAAUGAGAUCUAUCAGCUCACCAUGGAUAAGUUCACUGGCUUUUGCUUCGCCCUAUCAUCCUUCCUUGCCUUCCUGAGCAUCAUCCCCAUUGGAGUUGUGGCCUGCAAGCAAGGAGAGAUCACUGAGAAAUGA